GAAGACGUGAAGCAACGCGCAGUCGCUUGAAUUGGCCAAUUGGCCGUGAUUUAUAACACUUAUGUCACAGGUACGUAUCAACAUGCAUGUGAUUUCAAGAUAAGUCAACAAUGGGGUCUACAAGUGAAUUAUUGAUUAGUGCUCAACCCUCGCCCACCGCGGUGACGUCGUUGACGCCAAGUAGCUUGACCAGCUCAUCUUGCUGCGGUAGAUGCCCUCCGCUUCCCCCCACCCUCCUUUCUUGUAGUGUUUUCGUCUUCGCGUUGCCUUUCCAAACAUGUCGCUAAGCGGGGCUCUGUGGAGUCUGCCGUCGUGCUGGUUCGUGCAGCACUCGCUGGUGUUGCUGUGCUUCGUCGCAGUCGUCUUCAAACUAGUCGUGCUGCUCAUGCAGAGGAGGAAUGCCUUUCGGAACUUUGAGGCGUUCACGGGACCACCGGGACAUUGGUUGUUUGGGCAUGUCAUGCAGUUUAAACAAGAUGGGACGGACAUGGACCUGAUCUUGAAAUGGGGGGAGCAGCACCCCUACGCGUUCACUCUGUGGUUUGGUCCCUUUGUCUGUUACAUCAACAUCCACCAUCCAGAUUAUGUGAAAAGCAUACUGACGUCCACAGAACCGAAAGAUGAUUUUAUAUAUAAAUUCAUAAAGACCUGGAUUGGUGACGGCUUGCUGGUGUCUCAUGGUCAGAAAUGGUUCCGCCACAGAAGGCUGUUAACACCGGGCUUCCAUUAUGAUGUGCUCAAACCACACAUCAAAUUGAUGUCGGAGUCAGCUAAAAUAAUGCUGGACAAAUGGGAGUGUUAUUCAAGCACCGGCGAGUCCUUCGAGCUGUUCAAACACGUCAGCCUCAUGACGCUGGACACCAUCAUGAAGUGCGCGUUCAGCUACAACAGCAACUGUCAGACUGAGAGGUCAGCCUGCACGGUCUGCUGUACAUCUUCUGUGCAGCAGACCAAUAUUAACGCGUCAUUUUCUGGUUUCAGCGGAACAAACGAGUAUAUCAAAUCGGUUUACGAGCUGACCAAUUUGAUCAACCUUCGCUUCCGGACCUUUCCUUACCACAGCGACCUCAUAUACUACCUUAGCCCGCACGGCUUUAGGCACAGGAGAGCCUGCAAGGUGGCUCACAGUCAUACAGAGGAAGUGAUCAGAAAGAGAAAAGAAACGCUGAAGCAAGAGAAUGAGCCGGAGCAUAACCCGACCAAAAGGAACAUGGACUUUCUGGACAUUCUCCUCUUGGCAAGAGAUGAGAAUCAGCAGGGACUGUCGGACGAAGAUAUCAGAGCCGAGGUGGACACCUUCAUGUUUGAGGGCCACGACACCACCGCCAGUGGUAUCUCUUUCAUCCUCCACACCCUCGCCUGCUACCCGGAACACCAGAAAAUGUGCAGGGAGGAGAUUGCCCAAGUACUGGACGGCAAAGACAUCAUGGAGUGGGAGGAUCUGGGCAAAAUGCCAUACACCACUAUGUGCAUCAAAGAAUCACUGCGUCUAUUCCCGCCUGUCCCUGGAAUGGCCAGAAAACUGACCAAACCGAUCACCUUUUUUGAUGGAAGGACUUUGCCAGAAGGUUCUCUCAUCGGGACAAGUGUGUAUGCGCUCCACAGGAACGCGACUGUCUGGGAAAACCCAAAUGUGUUUGACCCACUUCGCUUCCUGCCGGAGAACACUUCCAAACGGUCGCCACAUGCAUUUGUGCCCUUCUCUGCUGGCCCGAGGAACUGCAUUGGUCAGAACUUCGCCAUGAACGAGCUCAAAGUGGUGGUGGCCUUGACGCUCAGGAGAUACCAGCUGAUUGAGGACCCCACACGGAAACCCAAGAUAAUUCCUCGGCUGGUGCUUCGCUCGCUCAAUGGCAUCCACAUAAGAAUCAAAGCUCUUGACGCUUGAGUCGAUUACUUCAGCAAUAUUUUAGUACAUUUUAACACCCUGAUGACCACUACCAUUGGCAAAAAUGCACCCAGGCCGUCCGCCUACAUUCAGCUCCCUCUCGCUAUGCCACUGCAUCACUGCAUUUCGUUUCAUUGCUUUUGUGUGAAGUCUUUCUAGUAAUCAGUGUCUUCAUGAAGUGAUUUAAGUGAAUAAAGCAAAUAAUGUUUCUUUAGGGCCCAAUGCAUGUGUUGUUGGUUUUUGGGCAGUUAAAAAUUAAAAUGGUGGCAGGUGUGUGUCAUAUAUUAUUUUUUUUAUUUUAUUUUAUUUGAUGUUCAUGCUCUGAUUUUAAAA